GUGCGGCCAAAGGUGCGACUAUAAUUUUCUUCCACGACUGACAUGCACUGACUGGCCUUUGCUGGAUGUAUUAGAACUUUUGCAGUCGCAGCUCAGGUUUAUUGCAGACGAUUGUGAUCCAAUAUAGAAGAUCAUCAAGCUCAAUAUCCGGAAUGGGGGUUGUGGCUUCUAACUUUGCAGGAAAUGAUGGAGGUAUUGUUUCUGAAAUGGUCCACCCAUCCAGUGAUGAAUGGAUUUCCAAGCAUGCAGAAGCAUCCAAGAUGACUAAUCAGCAGGUCCAGAAGUUGUGGGAUGCAUUUCAGAAGAUUGGGAGCAGCAGCAAUGGUGAGCUGUCAGCUGACACCCUUAAGAGUCUUAGCACGAAGAUGGGAAGUUCUAGUGAGAAAAACUUCAUUGACAAGAUACUGAUGCAGUUCCCAAGGACUGAGAAUGGGGGUGUGUCAUUCCAGACGUACUGCAACGCAACAAAAUGGUUCAGUGACAGUAACAUUGAGACAAGAGUCAGAGGUGCUUUUCGGGUUCUAAACAAUGCAAAUGCAAUCACGCUACCUAUCCUGACAGAGAUUUUGAAGGAGAUUUACACAGAUACUAGUGAGGCAGUCAUCUCAAGGACAGCCCGGGUCUUCAUGCAGGAAGUAGAUGUCAAAGGUCAAGGGUCAAUCGGUGAGGAAGACUUUGUCCGAUGGGUGAAGAAGAUGCCUACCAACGUGGUGGAGCAGAUUAUGACCUUUGACCCCAUUAGUUCAGGGUCACCUACAUCCAAGAACUCGAGAGUGUCUUCCGAUGACAAUCGACCGUCAAUGUCUCUUCUACAGCGAGUCGCUGGUAACGCUAGGAAUCGGGACUGGCUUCUUCUUGUCAAUAAACUCGGGUUCACAGAAGAGGAGAUCAAAGAUGUCGGGGAUCGCCUUGGUAACAAGAAACAUGAUGAGCAUCUGUUCGAGCUCUUGAAAGUUUGGCGUGACAAGACUGAUGCGGUCGUUAACAAGGAAACGCUGAAGGAUGCCCUACUGUCCAGUGGUAUGGAGGAUUUGGCCAUGUUGCUUCAGUCAUAAAAAGUAAAAUUUAACGUUUUCAUGAUCACUUGUAUAAUGAAAAUUUCCAUACUGGUUCUAUUAAAGAGUUGCCAAGAAAUUCAAAUUCAUGGACGUUUCUUUGUUGAGGACAUAGAACAAAGGACUUGUUUACGGAGAUCGCUAUGAGCUUCAGAUACUGCCAAAUAGGAGUCUUGCUAUUAUCAUGUCACGAAACCAUAUGUGCAAACAUCCCAUAGAAAUGCAUGUUUAUUGAUUCUCCAGGAAGUAAGAUUUCCAAAGAUUAAUCAAACAGGCCCAAUUAUGUUGAAGCAUACAUUUCUUGUUGUUAUGUAUGGAAAGGCUCAAUGUUUCAGCCUUACAGAUUAUCAAAACAAUUCAAUCUUUUUAUUAUUAUUACUACUAAAUAGUAAAUAAUUAUUAUUAUACUUGCUUUUCCAGCGCUGAACACUUACUUUAUCAGAAGUGUUGGUGAUGUGACUCUUGGCAAGUUUUAGUAAGAGAUUUAGCAAGGGUGAUUUCCCUAUUUGUUUUGCAAAGAUGUAAUGGAUGCUGCAGCAUAUUUGUAUUCAAUACUAAAAGCAGCUGAGUUUUUAGCAGCUCUUCUUACAAGUUUACAGCAGCAGUGAUCAAUUAAAAAUUGUUUAGUGUCAAGUUUCAUGGGAAACCCGACAUCUAUAGGAUGUUUACCAAUUCACAGGUGUUCUUCAUCAUCAAGAGUCAAUAUGACCAAUAGUUAUGUCGUUGCUAGGGAUAUUCACUCCUUACCCCAUAUUGUAGUCAUUAUCUAUUUACCCUCGCUUGAUUUUUGUUGAAUCCAGUAAAUGAAUGUCUAUGAUUUGAUUCAAUGGCACUUCUUAAUUGGAUGAGCCCGCCCCCAAACACAUAGAUAUAUUACAGGGGUUUCUCAAAGUCUGGUGUUAAGUGAAAUAUAAGAUAGUCCAGUAAGUUACAAAAAUAGUCAUUGUGAUGAUGUUUCAAAAUCAGAAGUCAACUCUUAAUGGUAUUCUAUAAAUUUACAAUCAAUUUUAACUAUAUGUAGAACAGGGUCCAGACUCCUUAUAUCAUAUCAUGAAGUAUGAAGUAUAUCUGACAAAUAAUGGGAGAUGUGAUAAAUUAACAAAUACUUUGAAUAAAUACCAAGAUGUAAUGAUUAUUACUGUUUUCAUUGUUAUGAAACUGCCAAAUGAAAAUGAUAAUCAUAUUCAUCAUCAUCAUUUAAGGAGAAAAUAGAAUAUCAUUUAUCUAAAAUUCCAUCAGUUUCGUUGCCAAUCAUUCCUUGAGGUUUUAAGAUUUCUGCCUAUUUUAGGAUUGAACAGUAGUUGGCUAUUAAUGUCAUGGUAGUUAUCUCAUUUUGCACUUAAAGCAAAAUGUGUCCUAAUUGUAAUGUAUUUUGUAGUCUAGCAAUCAUCAUCAACAUUGCACAUAGGCUGGGCAACCAUAUUUACUUAAUUUUGAUGUUAAACAUAACACUCAAGUUUUUGAGGCCCGCCAUGACUAGUCCACAAUUUCUUUUUUUCCAUUCCAACUUGAAUUCAUCAGUUACUACAAAUACUAGUUUUCCAGGCAUAGAAGAUUUAAGUUAUGAGUUUUUACACAUUUUAGGUGUAAAUAUUUAUGUAUUAUUUGUACAGUCAGUGACAUACCUGUAGCAUUCCAGAAAGUGUACAUUUAUAUUCUGUUCAGAUUAUUAUAUUUCUUUGUGUGUGCAAUAAUUUAUUUUGAUGUACUCAAUAUCAAACUCAUCCACCACCUUGUAAAAACCUACAAAUAUGUAUUAUCAAUGUUGAUGUGGUACUAUAAGUGUGCUUUAAGCAUUUGUGUGUUUGUAUUUAAAUAAAGUGAAUUUGAGCUGAAAGCAAGAUGUGG